AUGAAGAAAUUACGCAGAAAGAGGUCCUCUAUCGAUAUCUCUGCUCCAGCUGCGAUAUCGUCUACUUCUGCGCCCACCGCGACGAUUCCUCCCCUGUAUGCACGAUUUGCGAAGACCAGAGAUGGCGUGUACCCGGAGCCCGCGCUGGUAGAGAACAACAGUCGGACUGGUCGGGGAGAGCGUGCGAGGAAGGACAGUGCUAAUGGCAACAGGCGACCGGACGAACGCGUUUUUCUGACGGCAGCAUCGCGGUCGUCGUCGCAAGGUCGAGGAGAGCAGACAGAAGGUCCGAGAACGCAGACGCAGGUGAGAGCAGUGCAUCGUAAACCAGUGGCGCCGGCGGCAGCUGCUGCAGUUGCAGCAGAGUCUCGUCACCACGAGUCGGAGACAACGUACGGGCACAAACAUGCGGCAUCUUGGGACAGCACCAUGCAUACUCAACCGGUGUCGACCGCAUCGGCCGCCGCCGCGGCGGAGGAGAGUCGUCACCAUCGCUCUGGAUCGUCGCAGGCAGCACCGCCGUCGGUUACUCGCUAUCACUCAGCCGUAGUCCCGCCCCACGUGAAUCUGAUACAGUCUCUUGAAAAUACGAUCUCUUCUCAGUCUCUAGCUCAGCACAUCCAUCAUCCAGGUACAAGCCACGAGAACACGCAGCCUGAAGCGAGGCAGAAACACUCUCGUGACGACGGAAUUAGUCCUCAGAGGUUCUUGGCAGUACCCUCGGCAGCAGGUAAAGACUCCCGAUACAAUGUCUCAACUAUGGCACAAGCACCUGGUGCUCCGAAUCCUCCGCGCAUCCACCGAAUACCUUCCCUUGAGCGGGGCAUGCUGCCGGAGUCGUUCUCCCCAGCGCGCGAGACUCGCGAUGGACGACAGGCCGGCCCACCGCCGACGCGCGAUCCCUCAAGCCACCGCGAACGGAAGAUCUCGUCGUCCAGCAGGCAUGGACAUGCGCUCCCUACCCCUCCGCCGUCCUCGACAUCGUCGAUCAUGUCUCCGCGGUCUACGGCGUCGCACGUGCCGCCCUCUGCACAUCCCGUUGUAGCCCCAUGGCAGCAUUCUACCGCAGGCGAGUCGUCGGCUGCACCGAGAAUGUCGUCACGCUCCAGCUCAAGUCAUAGCAGUGGACCGACGCCGCGGAGAAAGUACUCGCUGUUGGCCGCGUUUGGGCCUCCAAUGCCAAAGCCCGAACCUCAAACGUUGUCCAUGCCCAGCAAUGCUGAUUCACGAACGGAGAAGACAAUAAUUCAUAGUCCCCAGUCGACUUCUGUUCGCGAAGCGGAAGCGAACGUACACGACCGCCGCAAUGCUAUCAUUGGCGUACCGGUACAGGAGGCGCCUGCGUUCUCCCUGCCGCAGAGCCCUCAGCGACGUACGCACCGCGUGCCUGUCCCUGUCGACCCUCCAUUUAGCAGCGCUAGGAUGUCUGCUGCGAUCCCCAUUCCACCCCCUGUCCUCCCUCGGCCUCAGAGCCCCAUCGUUCCUCAGCACGGCCUGCAACGCUCCGACCAUUCCGUAUUUUCCUUGGGGUCUGGUGUUCCCUCCGUGCCUUCAGCAAGAUCUCAUUCCUCUAGUUUGAAAACACCCGAGGUGCCCUUGAACCCCCCUCCGUCAGCACAGGCCUCCGGCUCUAGCAUACCCCCACUCGUUCCGCCAAAAACCCCGCUGCCUCCAUCGCUGGGAGCGCUUCCCGACAUCUCUGCCUUCUCACCCUUUAUGCAUCCCUCGGACCUAAGCGCCCUCGCACCGCAGACCCCGCCAAAGCUGCCUCACGAGCCGUUUGCUCCGCCGACUCCACAAAAGCCGCAGCUUGACCCACUUCCUCCGCAGACUCCCUCAAAGUCGCAGCACGAAACUCUCGCACCAAGCACCGAAUCUGGCCCACGGAAUACCUCAGUGUCCCCUCCGCCGGAUGGCUCCUCGCACUCCAGUACGGCCUCGAUGUCCCAGAGCGGGCUCGUGCGCGGUCGGCCCCUGAUCUUUGCUGCCAUGGCUGCGACAGAAACAGACACCGGAGUGUUGGAAGUGCAACGAGACGUGUCGUUUGAGGUCGUUCACGCGCCCUCUGAGGAGCGCGACGCGACGUUUAAUCAGAACACGUCGUUUGGACACGGCUACCCUACGCCGCGUUCACCUUCGCCUCCCCUUCCGGAAGUCGCGCCGACAGAAUUGCCUAAGCACAAUCGAGAGGGCUCUAAGGCUUCGCGCAUCCUGGGCUGGUUCCGCGGUGGAGACAAGUCGCGUGCACAUGGCGACAGACGAUUCCCCUCGGAGCAGAAGCAUCGCAGUGGGAAGGAAUCACCGCUUCCUGCGGACCCGCUGCGUCCUAGGAAGCUCUGCAAGACGAGCUCGCAGCAACGUCGGCGCGCGAACUCAAAUCAGUCGGAGGACAGCGUGGCUGCGGGGGUGGCAUCCGCCGUGCGUGUGGAGUCGUCAAGUACAGAGGGAUCACCUUCCACACCUCUGCACACGAGCAGCAGCAUGCCGCAGCUUGGCUCCCCCAUCCAGUUAUAUCGUAACGGGUCGAUAUCGAGCGUUGAGUCGGUUUCUCCCUCAAAAAGUGUUCUGGGUGACACCUCACAGCCUCAUCGCUCGAAGUCAUCGCGUGAUGGAAAUGGUGUGAAGACACUGACGAAACGACAGGUAGAGAAGCUGCAGAACAGGAUACCCAGCAUUGACAACCAUAGUCCCCGUGGAAGUGAAGAAGCACCUGCUACUGGCCCAGUUCUUGCUAAGCCGCCAACUCCAAUUUCGCCUGAAGAGUAUGCGCAGGCCCGGUCGCGGCGGCGGGGUGAGCGCCUGCAGAAGACGCGCCCGGUUGGGUUCGAACCGCGGUUCAGGGAAGCAGCGUCACCUGCAGGAGUAGGACCUCCAGUAGAAGUGAAGGAACCUACAUAUUACCCCCUUGCGAGACAUUUGACAGAUCCUACGCUCCUGUCCGCUCUCCUUCCGUAUUUGUCGUUCUACGAGUGGUGCGUCGUUGCGCGAGUUAACAAGGAGGUACGGACGGCGGUGGAGGAUCGGAGAGAGCUCACAGAGCUAGUGUUGGAGCGAUAUCUGAAGACUGUGGGGUAUACGCGCUGGUGGUGGGACGGACUAGAUCCUCUGUUUCUGACCAUCCAGGAUCUGCAUUCAUACAUGCGCGGAGUGUCGAUGCCGAUGCAUCAAUACUCUCGACUCGCAAGCGCGUACCUGCAGUCUCGGGACGCGUCGCAAGCUGACCUGAUGCGCGAGUUGACAUUGUGCUGCCGUGCGUUCACCCGUCUUGUCCUGCGGCUGCGCGCACAAGCCGAAACGGAGGCUGCUCAUAAUGCGAGCAUAGAAGCAGUCGAGGGCCCUCUACCUACUUCCGCGAGUAGCGUGCGCAGUCCCAGUCGCUCUGCGCAGCAUUCGCGUGUCGGGAGCAUGUCACGCAACACAAGCCGCGCACCCUCACCCUCGUCUACGAUUUCGCAUGCUCGGGGCCAAUCGUACCACAGUGGUACUCGCGUGAACACAUUUCAUUCUCCCUUGUUCCGCCUGCGCAGAGCGCCCCUCCUCCAGGUGUUCGUGCCGUCGCCAGAGGGUGACUGGCUGUCCGACGCGGGCGUGCUCGAGUGCGAAGACGAGCUGAAGCGCGCUGGCGUGAUUCACCUCAUGCGAGCGGGCGAUGUCGUCUGGGACACGGCAGUGGGCGACGAGGGGAAUGCGGGGAGGAUGUUGUGGGAUGGAACUUAUCUGAUCGAUUUGAACUACACGUUCUCGCGCAUAGGAGAGGUACCGCACUACCUGCCAACGCUCGCGUUUCCGCCAUCGUACUUUCAUCGAGUGAUCAGGUCCGUGGGGAGCGGCAACCCCAUCUGUUACGUUGACAUCUCACCCUGGGGAGAGGAGAUCGCGUCCAACCUGCAGCUCAUGCAGGAUAAGGUGAAGACGGAGACGCCCCAGGGGAGCUACCACACAGUCAUGCGCUGGGUGCACCGAUCGUCGUUCGUCAUCCGCCAGCCUCCACCUGCCAAGCUGAUUCGCAUACCUGUCCCGCCUACCGUUGGCCCAGGGCCGGCAGCUCAUGGCGCGUGGGUCGUCGACCCCGGCUGGUACGGCACCGUCGUGGUUGAGGCAGAGGGGACGAACGAGGGCUUGGCAGACCUACAGGCGCGUUGCAAAGGCGCCUUCCCGCCAAGAGCUGUGGGCGCAAGUCCACACGUGCACAGGCCCCCAAAGGACCAUAGGAGUCUCGUUUUCCGGAUCCUGCGGGAACGAAGUCGCCCAGGUGAAAUAUGGAUACGGACCGUGCGUGAGGAGGAGCGGUUACUCCCUUCAUGA